AUUGAUUACCUUUCAUAAUUCAUUAACCAUUCAUAAUCUUUAGCUAUGGUGUUGGUUUAUACUUGUCAGCCAGACCAAGUUACAGGGAAUAUUAUGGGCUGCGGCGGCAGAAAGAGGAAGAUCUCGAUUACGAACUUUGAUGCUAAAAAGGAGUUGGAAAAGGACGACAACAAAAAGCUUCGGGCAGCGAUGCUUAAGCAACGCUACGUUGAUUUGAUAUUGAAAUCCCAGCAACAAGAGUUGGAUGAAAAAGAGAAGAAAACUGACCUGUGGGAGAAGCGGUUCCAAGAAGCGUUAGCAAAGUCUCAGCGGAAGAGAGAACGAAUGGCGGCCCGGUUCGCUAUUGAUAAAAUCAAAAGGACCGUCGACUUUGACGAUAAUCUGCAGGCUGAGAGAGAUUUCUUGAUCAUGACCGGUGGCGCAACAAGUUAUUGUUUGUUCUAUAGGAGUGCAGUGUAUUCAGACGUGAACUCCUUUUUUUUGUAUGCCGGCGAUCUGUUGGAGGUUAUUACAUACACUUUGCACUCUCUCAACCCCAAGUCUACGUGAUGGUUUAGUGCUGCAAUUGUUUUAGUCAUUGACGUGGGUGAAGUAGAAAUCUGCCCUGCUUUAUUAUCCGCUACAGUCUGAAGAAGGUUUUGAUUUUAGAUUGGAUGUUGGCGCCUCGUGAUUGGAUAUAGAGUUGAUAAUAUAGAUCAAUAAAUUGGCAAGGGACAGAAAUGAGUGUACGUGAUUGUGGUUCCCCAAGGGUCGUACGUGAGUAAGCCUUUUGGACCCUCACUAGACUGAAUAAGGAUGAGUCCCUGUUUUGGUUCGAGGGUGAUGUAUGCUGAAACAGCCAUCUGCAUUUGACUACGGUCUAACAAAAUAAUAAACGAAUAAGGCAACUUUCUUACAUGCAUUGCCAACGGAUUGAACUUGGACACACCAUGUAUAUUAUCUGGGACAAUGGGAUAUGAGUCCACCACAACAGAGGCAGCGUAUGAGCUAAAAUGUUAAAUCCAUAUCCGAUUGAAUGCUAAGCCUUCUGCACCCAUUCGUUCCUCCAAUUACUUGAGGACUAUAUUUCUACUGUUAAACCAGGAACUUGGUUGCUUAAUUGAAAGUCGACGAUUGAGGCCUUUGAAUGACUUUUUCAAAAUAUCCAUUCUCACUCAUAGCUGGGGCAGGUGAUACCUAAUUCAUGUACAUGUAUUAUAUUUUAGCAGUACGCUUUCAUUGGACUUGAUCCUCUUAUGCCCCUCGCACAUUCUGAAGACAGAGAACUAGCUACAUUUCAGUUGAUCCGGCCUGAUCCAAUGCCCUUCUAUGGAACAUCUGAGAUUCUGAAUAUUUUUUCAAGGAGUGCAUUCGUCUUUGCAAAUCAAAUCCAAUAUAUGGAGGCUUGUCACAUAUACUUCAAUCUUUAGUUCAGCUCUUCAAGAUGACCGGCUGUGCUAAGGUGACUUGUCAAUGAUCGCAAUGUGAUGGCAGGUCAUGCUGCUCCCAAC